AUGAACAACAGCCUCUGGUUUGCUUCUUCAAUCACCUUAUUUAUGGAAAUAGUAACUGGAACCUUAGGAAAUGGAUUCGUAGCACUGGUGAAUAUCAUGGACUGGGUCAAGAGAGGAAAGAUCUCUUCAGUGGAUCAGAUCCUCACUGCUCUGGCCUUUUCCAGACUCAGUUUGGUGUGGUCUGUGCUCAUUUGUAUACUGGUAUCUGUACUGUGUCCACAUUUGUUUAUGACUUUAGAAAUGCUCAUAGUGACUGAAGUUAUCUGGAUAGUGAAUAACCAUUUCAGCAUCUGGCUUGCUACAUGCCUCAGCAUCUUUUAUUUUCUCAAGAUAGCAAAUUUUUCCAACACUAUUUUCCUUUAUUUUAAGGUCAGAGUUAAAAAAGUGGUGACAGUGACAUUGUUUGUGUCUUUGUUUCUCCUGUGUUUAAAUAUUAUAGUUAUUAAUUUACAUGAGAACAUCUCUACCACUGAGUAUAAGGUAAAUAUGUCAUACAGCUUGACUUGGAAUAAGACACGGCUUUCUGGGCUAUGGUUUUCAUUUGCCAACACCAUGUUUGCCUUCAUACCCUUUGCUGUGUCCCUAGUUGCUUUUCUCCUGCUCAUCUUCUCCUUGUGGAAACAUCUGAGGAAGAUGCAGCACAGUGUCCAAGGAUGCAGAGAUGCCAGCGCCACGGCCCACAUCAGAGCCUUGCAGACAGUGAUCGCCUCCCUCCUCCUGUAUGCCAUCUUCUUUCUGUCUCUGGUUGCUAAUAUUUGGGGUUCUCUGCUUCUGGAGAAAAAGAUGCUGCUUUUUUUCACACAGGCUACAAAGAUUGCUUUUCCCUCAGUACACCCCUGUGUCCUGAUUCUGGGAAAUACUAAGCUGAGAAAGGCUUCUCUCUCUGUGCUGCUGUGGCUGAGGUGCAGGCACAAAGACAGGGACCCUGCGGUGCAUGGAACCGGGGCUUAUUUGUGUGGAUCAUCCUGCAUCCAUUAG